GCUCACUUUUUUUUUCUGAUUCAUCCCAACUGCUCUCUCUCUCUCUCCUCAAUUCAACAAAUAAAUGGUGUUUCGGAUGCUAAAAAGCCCAUUAACAGCCCAUUCUCUCAUGAUUUCUUUCUCCUCUUCUUGGUAAUUGCAAUCUCGCUCUGUGUUUGUGUUUGUGCGUGAGUGGGGCCUUCACAUGGCUGCGCAAACGUAAACGUAUUGCUACGAUUUCGGAUGCGUUUUUGUUGAGAGCUCUACCUAUUUCUUCUAUGGAGGCUUCCGCUUUGGAGGGAAGUUUGAGUAUGGAGCAGAAGAGGCAGCUAAUCUACGAGGUUUCAAUGUGGCCAGAGGGCGCAUCUGAAAUACUGCAGGCGUGGAGCCGGCAGGAGAUACUGCAGGUCCUCUGUGUAGAGCUCGGGAAAGAAAGGAAGUACACUGGACUGACGAAGUCAAAACUAAUAGAGAAUCUUCUUAAGAUCGUAUGUGAAAAGAGAUUACAAGAACCUGGGACUGCAAAUGCUUCCGAAGUGCAGCCUUCAUCAGAAAACGGUGAAAGGACUCACAAGAGGCAAAGGAAAUCUGAUCACCCGAAUGGCUUGUCUGUUGCUUCAAAUAGUACUGCACCCGUUAUUCUUGACGAUGAUUCAGGUAAUAAUACCAUGUGUUGUAAAAACUCAGCUUGCAAGGCCAAAAUGAAUCACAAUGAUGUCUUCUGUAAGCGGUGUUCGUGCUGCAUUUGUCAUCAGUAUGAUGACAACAAGGACCCCGGCCUAUGGUUGAUUUGCAACUCAGACCCUCCAUUUCGCGGGCUCUCAUGUGGCAUGUCUUGCCAUCUUGAAUGCGCAUUACGACAUGAGAAUUCUGGCAUCUCACAGGAUAGGCAGGAUAAAGGGCUCGAUGGGAGCUUCUGUUGUGUAUCUUGCGGAAAGGUGAAUGAUCUGCUCAGUUCUUGGAGAAAGCAACUGAUAGUAGCAAAGGAUACGAGGCGCGUCGACAUACUGUGCUAUAGGCUCUCUUUGAGCCAAAAGAUUCUUGCUGGUACAAAGCACUACCAGCACCUAUUCGGCAUCAUUGAUGAAGCAGUGAAAAAGCUCGAAGAAGAUGUAGGCCCUCUAACCGGUCUACCUGUGAAGAAGGCUCGAGGGAUUGUGAACCGGCUCUCAUCAGGCCCAGAAAUUCAGAGGCUUUGUGCUUCUGCUUUGGAGUCUCUGGACUUUAUGCUUUCUAACAGAGUUUCUGAUAUGUCUUCUGGUUGCAGUAUACGUGGCCUGGAGCUUGUCAGGUUCGAAGACAUCCGUGCUUCGUCUAUCAUGGUGAUUCUAAAUUCGGACGAUUCUGAUAUGGGAGGCAUCAAUGGUUACACCUUAUGGCACCGGAAAGCUGAUAAUAAAGACUAUCCUGCAGAGCCUACUUGCAGAUUGUUUAAACCGAACACUAAGUUCUUGCUUUCCGGGCUAGCUUCUGCAACGCAGUAUAUUCUCAAGGUUGUUGCCCUUGACACGGAUCGAGAGGCGGGCUUCUGUGAACUCCGGUUUCAGACUCAAGACAUGGUGCCAAAGUCGAAAAUCUUGGAAGUGGAAAGGAGUGAGAGCCCAGUCAACACCAACUGCAGCAGUCUGUCUAGUCCCUCUUCUGUCGAAGACGAGACAAACAACACCGUCCCUAGCAGCAACAUCUCGGAUCAGAGCCAGAGGGAGACAACGGCGUUGACUGGAGAUAUAAUCUCUCUGCUGGAUGAGGACUGCAGCAGGGCGAAAACCAGCUGCAGCCUGCCAGAAUCAGACACGAUGAUGAAAGACAGCAACAAGGGAUCGUUGGAUGGUCAAAUGGCUGAGGACACGAGCACUGACAACGGGUCAAACACGCCUCCUAGGGCAGGCCUAGAAUGCGUAGUAUAUGUGGACAGCUCGGAGGCUGGCCUACCUAUCACCCCUUGCAAAUUUGAGAAUGCGAAAGAUGACGCUGGGAGGGGCAGCCGACCUAAAUUUGGUGGGAAAGACGUCAAAACGAGAGGUGAGAGGGAGACGGAGCCUCAAGCAGGGAGCUCAUCGAAGAAGAGGAACGGUGAGAUAAGAGAUGAGAAAUGCAGCGGCAUAGGAGACAAGGACUUUGAGUACUAUGUGAAGGUGAUCCGUUGGCUGGAGCGCGAGGGCCACAUUGAGACGGGCUUUCGCCAGAAGUUCUUGACGUGGUACAGCCUGAGAGCAACACCUCAGGAGGUACGGGUUGUGAAGGCAUUCAUCGAUACGUUAGUUGAAGAUCCCGAGUCUCUUGCUGGUCAGCUCAUCGAUUCGUUCUCGGAUAUCGUUUCGAAUAAGAGGUGUUUGACGAUCCCUGCUGGAUUUUGUACGAAGCUUUGGCACUGAGAGAGAUCCAGAAAGCUUCAAAGGAUUAUGAGCAUGGGAAAUACAGGGAGGAAUUUUUAUGAUGCUUGAUUCUUUGAAUUUUAGAAAAUUUCUUUGACAUUAUUCUUCAUUGAAACUUGCAUCAUUGAAGUAUUUUGAUAGAUAGGAGAUUGACCUCUUAUGAUAUUAUUAUGAUCACCUCAUUUAUUGCAAA